AUGAAGUGGAGUUUAAUCCCUAUUGAACGAUGUUCAACCAUCAACGGCUCCGACGCCCUACAUGGCCUCCCUACCUUCUGCUUCGAGACCAUUCCUGAUGGCCUUCCGCCGCCACAGAACCCAGAUGAAACCCAAGUUUUCCCAACCUUAUGGAAGUCCAUGGAUGAAACUUGUCUGGGUCCGUUUAAAAGUCUGCUUACGAAAUUGAAUGCUUCAUCUUCACCGGUGACUUGCAUAGUUGCAGACUUAUUCAUGGGCUUCACCCUCGAUGCAGCCAAAGAACUUGAUAUCCCCGAGAUAGUCCUAUGGACCAGCGAUGUUAGUGCUCUAAUGUGUGCUCAUGAGCAGAACAAUCUAUUGGAGAGAGGUUUGGUGCCACGUGAAGCAUCGAGUUUUUUAGCAAAUGAGCAUUUAGAUACCAUGAUUGAUUAUGUUCCAACCAUGUCUGGUAUGCGUCUAAAACACUUGCCUUCAUUCGUUAGAAAGACCAGCCCUGGUGAUGAAUACAUGCUUGAAGGUUUGUGUUUACAAGCAGAGAGAGCAAAAAGAGCUUCUGCCAUUAUCUUCAACUAUUAG